AUGAGGAAGAAAUUAAAACUCAGUAGGUUUUUUAUUUAUUUUUUAAACGAAUUACAGGAUUAACAGAGCCUCUUUAAAAUGAAUCCUAACCUCUACAAAUAGUUCGAGAAUUUAAACUUAAUAAGGUAAAAUUAGAGUGCUUAAUGGGUAUUCUAAUUAGAUUUUCGUUGCAAAAAAAACAAUUCAUUUCAUUAACAUUUAGACAAAGUAUUCUUUAUUGAGAGAACCUGUCGAGGAAAAAUCCAAAUUAGGGAAACCUUUAGGGUUUAGUUUGAAGGAAAUUAUUCAGAUGAUGGUUAGUUGAUUAAAAUUUAAGAGAUUAAUUAACCAAACAUAUAAUUUAAAAAGGGUUUCAUGAAAGCUUCAAGGCUUAUGUAAAAUAGGAAGAAAACUUUGUUUCAGUAUAUUUGGCAGAUCUUUGGAGAUGAAAGAAGCUUUGUGAUUAAAACAUUAUUCAAAGAAGUAGCUUAUGGAUAAGAUAAAGGGAAGGAACAUAAAACCUAUCUUAGCUUUAAAAAUUAAAGGAAAUAGCAAUGAUAAGAUAGAUUGAUCGUUAUGUGCUGAUAAAAUUGGAUGAAGUGUAUGAGACUGAUAAUUCUCCUUAUAUGGUACUUGAUCUUUUGGGAGGUGGAUCUUUAUUUGACAAAGUUAAAAUAAAUUAUAGUUUAAUGCAUUUGAAAUUGAAGUGCUUGUUUUUUAGUCUAUUGGAGAGGCUUCAUCAUAUGCAUUCGAAAAAUAUAAUGCAAAGACUUAAAACCAGAAAAUUAUGUAUUUAGAAAAUAGGGGUAAUUUAAUAAUUUUAUUUGAAGUAUCUGUGUAUAUUGCUGAUUUUGGAUUAGCUCAACGUUCUUAAUGAAUUUCCUUAUUUGUUUAAUAGAUGUGGUACUCCAGGAUUUGUGGCUCCAGAGGUGAUUUAUUGUAAAGUUGGAGGAAGACAUGAUUCAAUAACUGAUAUUUAAUUUAGGAUUAAUAUUCUAUAUUUUUCAGAUGAUUGUUUUGAAUCUUAGACUCACUGGAAAAUCAGCAUUUCCUGGUAAAAGCUAUAAUGAUGUUUGGGUAAAAACAGAAAUGUGAGAUAUCAUUUCAACGUCUCAAUCUUUGAGAGCGUUCCUUAAUAAGCCUAUGAUCUUCUAAUAAACUUACUUGAUAAGUUUCCCAAAACAAGAAUAUCUGCUAAGGAAGUAUUGAGUCAUGGCUAUUUAGGAAGAAGAUUAAAAUAAAUCGAGGAAAAUGAGGGUGAUGCAUUGAAAAAUCAAGAAGAACAAUUGAAAUUCAUAAAUAGAGGUUAAAGCAAUUAAAUAAUUCUCCAUUGCAUUCACCUCUAAUAACAGCUUCUUCUAAAUUAAAAAAGGGUUAUUCAAAUGAUAGUCUACAUUAAUAAAGUCCUUUAUUAAAUGGGCCAACAAAUAAAAUAGGUAUUGAAAUGAUCUAUAAAGAUUCGCCUUUAAUUAACAGUUCCAAUAAUUUCUUUACAAACCUCCAAAUGGCUAGUGCUUAUUUAAAAAUUGUGUAUUUUUUGA